UGUUUGACAAACGUUAUGUCUGGUCAAAAACAAGCAUCGAUUCCAUGUUAGCGAUGGUCCUAAUGGCAGUUUUUGCGCUCAAAUGCAUUUGUAUUUCCAGUUAUUAGAUGUCAAUGGAGCCGUCUAACUAGCUGUUAGAGCAUCGCUUACUGUUGACAGUCAGAAGAGCUCCGUCAUCACGGAUAUUUAUUCGCGUACUGGGAAUUAAAAGCAGAUUUGGAUUCAUUGUGACUGAAAUCUUGAAAAAAGAAAACUAUGGGGAAUCAGCUGGCAGGAAUUGCUCCUUCACAGAUAUUGUCGGUCGACAGCUAUUUCUCAGACAUUCAUGAAUAUGAGUAUGACAAAAGUCUGGGCAGCACCAGAUUUUUCAAGGUGGCCAGGGCAAAACACAGAGAGGGUCUAGUAGUGGUAAAAGUAUUUGCCAUUCAGGACCCCUCACUGCCGUUAACCAGCUACAAACAGGAGCUGGAAGAAUUGAAGAUCCGACUGCAUUCCUGCCAGAACUGUUUACCCUUUCAGAAGGCCACACUUUCAGAGAAAGCCGCCAUUCUUUUCCGGCAGUAUGUUCGCGACAACCUAUACGAUCGUAUCAGCACACGACCUUUCCUCAACAAUGUGGAGAAGAAAUGGAUUGCAUUCCAGAUCCUUAAUGCUCUGGACCAGGCUCAUAAAUCUGGGGUGCGUCAUGGGGACAUUAAAACUGAAAAUAUUAUGGUGACUAGCUGGAACUGGGUGUUGCUUACAGACUUUGCUAGUUUUAAGCCCACGUAUCUGCCUGAGGACAACCCGGCAGAUUUCAACUAUUUCUUUGAUACAUCUCGAAGGAGAACCUGCUACAUAGCUCCAGAGCGGUUUGUGGAUGGCAGUAUGUUUGCUACAGAGAGUGACCAGACUACACCACUGGUGGAUCUCAGCAACAACAGCCAGAGGACCAGAGGAGAGCUCAAACAACCAAUGGACAUUUUCUCAGCUGGGUGUGUAAUUGCAGAACUGUUCACGGAAGGGGUCCCACUCUUUGAUCUCUCACAGUUGCUGGCUUAUCGCAAAGGCCAGUUUCAAACCGAACAAGUUCUGAUGAAAAUUGAAGACAAGAGUAUCCGAGAGCUGGUGGCCCAGAUGAUUCAACGAGAACCUGAAAAACGCUUGACAGCAGAGGAAUACUUAAAACAACAACGAGGCAAAGCCUUUCCUGAUAUCUUUUACAACUUUCUUCAACCCUACAUGGCCCAGUUUGCUAAAGAGACCUUCCAGUCUGCAGAUGAGCGAGUGUUGGUGAUUCGAAAAGAUCUGGAGAACAUCCUCCAUAACCUGUGUGGAGGUGGGCAGGCAGGAAAGUCUGAGAUUCAAGAGAAGGCUUCUCAUGAGCUUGGAUCAAGCAAAGAACAUGGUUUAGUGAUUCUAGUGUCAGUAAUAACUUCCUGUCUGCAGACCCUGCGUUUUUGUGAUUCUAAGCUGGCGGCACUAGACUUGGUGCUUCAUCUGGCCAGCAGGUUAAGUGUGGAAAUCCUGCUAGAUCGAAUUACUCCUUACUUACUUCACUUUUGCAAUGACUCGGUGCCUCGGGUCAGGGCAGAAGCUGUGCGCACACUGGCUAAAGUGCUGGCUCUGGUUAAAGAGGUGCCCCGUAAUGAUGUCAACAUUUACCCAGAGUACAUUCUGCCCGGCAUUGCCCACUUGGCCCAAGACGAAGCCACAAUUGUCAGACUUGCUUAUGCAGAGAACAUUGCUCACCUAGCAGAAACGGCACUACGCUUUUUAGAGUUGGUGCAGGAGAACAAUCUCAAUUGUGAACAGGAUGUAAAUGGAGAUGAUGCAGAGGAAUCUCUUCAUCCCAAUGAAAACUAUGAUUCAGAGCUGCAGGCAUUACAUGAGAUGGUUCAGCAGAAAGUGGUGACACUCCUUAGUGAUCCGGAGAACAUUGUGAAGCAGACACUGAUGGAAAAUGGCAUCACACGACUCUGUGUGUUUUUUGGUAGACAGAAGGCCAAUGAUGUACUUCUUUCCCACAUGAUCACCUUUCUCAAUGACAAGAAUGACUGGCACCUCCGUGGAGCUUUUUUUGACAGUAUUGUGGGUGUAGCAGCUUAUGUGGGAUGGCAGAGCUCAUCCAUCCUAAAGCCGCUGCUACAGCAAGGCCUGAGUGAUGUGGAGGAGUUUGUCAUCUAUAAAGCUCUUAAUGCUUUGACUUGCAUGUGCCAGCUGGGACUCCUACAGAAAACACACAUCUAUGAGUUUGUCAGUGACAUUGCACCUUUCUUGUGCCAUCCCAAUUUAUGGAUCCGUUAUGGAGCUGUGGGAUUCAUUACUGUGGUUGCCCAACAUCUAAACAUCGCUGAUGUGUACUGCAAGCUAAUGCCACACCUUAAUCCAUUUAUUACCCAGCCUAUUAUUCAGAUUGAUAAGGAGAUAGUGCUUCUAAGUGUACUCAAAGAACCUGUAAGCCGCUCCAUAUUUGACUACGCACUCCGUUCCAAAGACAUAAGCAGCCUCUUCAGACACCUGCUGCUUCGGCAGAAGAAACGCGCUGGCUCCAUCCCCGAGUGCCCCAUUCCUGAAGAUCCUGCUAUUGCACAGCUCCUAAAGAAGCUUCUUUCACAGGGGAUGACUGAGGCUGAGGAGGACAAACUCUUGGCUCUAAAAGACUUCAUGCUGAAGUCUAGCAAGGCCAAAGCCAACAUUGUGGACCAGACUCACAUGAGUGAUGGGGCACAGAGUGGAGUUAUUGACCUGGGCUUGCUAGGUAUCACUGGGCGCCAGGUGGACCUGAUCAGACCAAAGCAGGAGUCUGAGGACAAGAGAGACUUCAUCUCUACUGUGUCGGCUCGUAAGCACACAAAGCAAGACUUGAAUCUAAAUGAAGAGUGGAAGAGCAUGUUCGGUUCUCUGGAUCCUCCCAGCUCUGCACCUGCUCUGUCGACGGUACCUACUGUUCUACUUGCAAGCGGUGGUGGGGAACCCAACGGGACUCUGGCGGGAGGGCGUCUGCGAUCAGAGAGUUCCUCCCAGACUCUUAACCUCCCUCAUGUUCCAUCCUCAGCUCAGAUGCCUGAAGGCGGAGGAACUCAGUCCAGGAAAGCCACAGCGACCCCUGCAGUUCAGGUCGUGCAGUCCAUGAGUGGAGCAUCUACCUAUCAACGGCGCGUGACUACAUGCAAAGCCGAGCUUCAGCAGCUAGUGCAGCAGAAGAGGGAGCAAUGCAAUGCAGAGCGCAUGGCCAAACAAAUGAUGGAGAGUGCGGAAUGGGAGAGCAGACCUCCAUUGCCAGGUUGGCAUCCUAAAGGCCUGUUAGUAGCUCAUCUCCAUGAACAUAAGUCAGCUGUGAACCGUAUUCGAGUGUCUGAUGAGCACUCUAUCUUUGCCACAUGCUCCAAUGAUGGAACUGUGAAGAUUUGGGACAGUCAGAAAAUGGAGGGCAAGACAACAACCACACGGUCAGUGCUCACGUAUUCCCGUAUUGGUGGUCAUGUGAAAACCUUGACCUUUUGUCAAGGGUCACAUUACCUUGCUGUUGCUUCAGAUAAUGGCUCCAUUCAGCUCCUUGCAGUUGAGGCCAACAAGCCACCCAAAUCCCCCAAGGUGCAGCCAUGUCAGACCAGGUUCCUGGACUUGAAGGAAGAUGGCUGUGUAGUAGAUAUGCAUCAUUUUAAUUCUGGGGCUCAGUCCGUGCUAGCCUACGCUACAGUGAAUGGCUCUCUAGUGGGCUGGGACCUGCGCAGCAAUACCAAUGCUUGGACCCUCCGCCAUGAUCUGCGCCUUGGCCUCAUCACCUCCUUCGCUGUGGAUAUGCACCAGUGCUGGCUGUGUGUGGGUACAAGCAAUGGAACAAUGGCAUGUUGGGAUAUGCGAUUUCAGCUGCCAAUCUCCAACCACUCUCAUCCAGCCCGAGCUCGAAUCAGACGUCUGCUCAUGCAUCCCCUUUAUCAAUCCUCAGUAAUAACAGCUGUCCAAGGAAACAAUGAGGUAUCAAUGUGGGACAUGGAGACAGGAGACAGGAAGUUCACUCUGUGGGCUAGCUCUGCUCCACCUCUCUCAGAGAUGCAGCCAUCCCCUCAUAGUGUACAUGGAAUAUACUGCAGCCCUGCUGAUGGCAAUCCUCUCUUACUCACUGCUGGAUCAGACAUGAGAAUAAGAUUUUGGGACCUUGCAUACCCAGAAAGGUCAUAUAUUGUUGCUGGUGGUGCCAAUGACUCCUUACACUGUCCUUCUGUAUUCUACAACCGGAAGAUUAUUGAGGGGACUGAAGUAGUACAGGAGAUUCACAGUAAGCAAAAGGCUGGUGCCACAGAGGAUGCCCCUCGCCGAGGUCCAGAGUCCUUGCCUGUGGGCCACCAUGACAUUAUUACUGACAUUGCCACCUUCCAGACAACCCAAGGCUUCAUUGUAACCUCCUCUAGAGAUGGCAUUGUAAAAGUCUGGAAGUGAGAACACUCAUUAAUGCCACCUAUGUGGAAGUCUACACAAAAUGGAUAAGUGGACGUAGUUUGAGGAAUCCUGAAGCAGAAAUACUUCCAUUAAGCAAGCUGUUUUUUUUCUCUUUCAGUACACAUGCUUCUGAUUUAAAAAGUGCAUCCACAAAAUGAAAAGGUGAAUUAUUAAAGUGAAUAUUAGUUUAGAAGUCAUAUCUACCUACAUUUCAGUCCUGUCAAAUAUUUGUCAAACAUAUAAAGAUAUUUAUUUUGAGUGAGGAAUGAGGAGCAGAAUAUGAACAUUUCAUGUACAAUGUAUAACACAGCUUAUGACAAUGCAGUGGAUGUUUUCAUCAUAAAAUAUUCAU